AUGGAAAAGUCCGUCUCGGAGAUAACCACUCAGCCUACUGAAGAGGAAGUCGAGCAACAAAAACAACAAGACCGAUUGGAUGCUCUCUUGAAAGAACAUGGAUGCACUUGGGACAGCCCUUAUGAUCCUCAAGAUCCAUAUAAUUGGUCUUCUACUCGCAAAAUCACCGUGGACAUCAUUGUCUCACUAGGCCAGCUGAUCACAAUCAUGACGACAAGCAUAGUAGCCCCAUCUUUAUCAGCAAUUGCCAGAGAUCUACACAUGGAAGAUUCAGAAAUGCAAGUCACAUUCUCCAUUUUCGUCCUCGGACUUGCAUUCGCGCCUUUCCUCAUCGCUGCACUAUCCGAAAUGUACGGCCGGAAAAAGAUAUGGAUUAUUUGCAACUUGUGGUAUAUUCUUUGGAACUCAUUAUGCCCCGUCGGUCACUCCAGCGGGAUGAUGAUUCUAGGACGUUUUAUGGCAGGCUCUGGGGCUAGCGUGGGGAACACGCUCACUUCAACUGUGCUUACAGAUAUGUAUCGUGCUGAGGAUCGAGGGAAGUCUUUGGCUAUAGCGACCUUCAUUCCUUACCUUGGUCCGGCUAUAGGGCCGAUUCUGGGCGGAGCGAUUUCUCAAAAUCUGAGGUGGGAGUGGUCCUUUUGGAUUCUCUCUUUCUUUGAAGCUGCAGUCACUCUGGUUGGUCUUCUAUUAUUUAUUGAGACCUACACACCGACAUUACUUCGUCGUAAAGCUGCAGCCCAACGACACGACGCGUCUCUAGCGUCAUCCAGAAUGGUGAAGGUCAAAGUCUUCUACCGAGAUUUCUCUAAGCGGUUGAAGCCUAGUAUCUUACGCCCGGUUUAUAUGCUGGUUAAGAGGCCUGUUGUUCAAGUUGUGUCACUCAUCAUAUCCCUGAACUUCGGGGUCUACUGCUUGAUGCUUUCUACUUACGCCAGCCUGUGGACAGAUAGGUACAACGAAAGUGAGACUAUCAGCAGCCUAAAUUACAUCGCUAUAGCCAUUGGUACAACCAUAGCAACACAGAGUGGUGGCUACUUAAUGGAUUGGAUUUAUCGAAGACUCCGAAAGAGAAACAAGGGUCAAGCAAACCCUGAAUACCGGGUUCCCUUUUUGGUGCCAGGUGUGAUGCUGGUUCCCAUUGGCCUUUUCUGGUAUGGAUGGUCUGCCGAAAAAACUAUGUCAUGGGUAAUGGUUGACGCUGGUGCUGCCAUUUAUACCUGUGGGAGUUUCAUCGUUAACCAAGGCAUGUUGGCGUAUCUUUUGGAUGAGAUUGAGCAUGCUGCGUCCGCUAAUGCUGCCUCCCGGAUGCUUUCGAAUAUCUGUGGGUUUGCGUUUCCUAUUUUUGCACCACAAAUGUAUGAUAGGCUUGAUUAUGGAUGGGGAAAUAGCUUGUUGGCCUUUGUGUUUCUCAUUCUUGGGGUACCGACGCCAUUGUUGUUGUGGGUCUGGGGGUCGAAGUUGAGAGCCUUGGGGAAAAAGAGGUGA